AUCAAUGAGCUGAGCAAUGUCCCUGUCCCUGUCAUGCUCAUGCCAGAUGACUUCAAAGCCUACAGCAAGAUCAAGGUGGACAAUCAUCUCUUCAACAAGGAGAACCUCCCCAGCCGCUUCAAGUUCAAGGAGUACUGCCCCAUGGUGUUCCGCAACCUCCGUGAGCGCUUCGCCAUCGACGACCAGGACUACCAGAACUCGGUGACGCGCAGCGCCCCCAUCAACAGUGACAGCCAGGGCCGGUGCGGCACACGUUUCCUCACCACCUACGACAGGCGCUUCGUCAUCAAGACCGUGUCCAGCGAGGACGUGGCCGAGAUGCACAACAUCCUAAAGAGGUACCACCAGUUCAUCGUGGAGUGUCACGGCAACACGCUUCUGCCGCAGUUCCUGGGGAUGUACCGCCUGACCGUGGACGGCGUGGAGACCUACAUGGUGGUCACCAGGAACGUGUUCAGCCACCGGCUCACUGUCCACCGCAAGUACGACCUCAAGGGCUCUACAGUCGCCAGGGAAGCGAGUGACAAGGAGAAGGCCAAGGACUUGCCCACGUUCAAAGACAAUGACUUCCUCAACGAGGGGCAAAAGCUGCACGUGGGAGAGGAGAGCAAGAAGAACUUCCUGGAGAAGCUGAAGCGGGAUGUGGAGUUCCUGGCGCAGCUGAAGAUCAUGGACUACAGCCUGCUGGUGGGCAUCCACGACGUGGACCGUGCCGAGCAGGAGGAGGUGGAGGUGGAGGAGCGCGCAGAGGAUGAGGAGUGUGACAACGACGGUGCCGGUGGCCUGCUCUGCUCCUAUGGGACGCCGCCCGACAGCCCCGGCAACCUGCUCAGCUGCCCCCGCUUCUUCGGGCCGGGGGAGUUCGACCCCUCCGUUGACGUCUAUGCCAUGAAGAGCCACGAGAGCGGCCCCAAGAAGGAGGUCUACUUCAUGGCCAUCAUCGACAUCCUCACGCCCUACGACACGAAGAAGAAAGCCGCGCACGCUGCCAAAACGGUGAAGCACGGGGCGGGGGCUGAGAUCUCGACUGUGAACCCUGAGCAGUACUCCAAGCGCUUCAACGAGUUCAUGUCCAACAUCCUGACGUAGUUCCCUUAGACGUGGGUCAGAGCCCGCGCGCAGGGGCCGGGGAGGGCGAGGGUGCGGGGUGCAGGGAGGGUGGAGCAGCGGGUGCUGGGGCUCUCGAGGCGAGACUGUGGCCUGUGACGCCGAGGAGGGGCGGCCACGUGCACGCACCCAGUGUCCCUACCUUCUGCUAACCCGGGACCCCCCAUUUUGAUACCAGGUCACCUUUCAAGACACCUUGGGGCUGGAGGUGACUGGCGGGCUUGUUUGGGUUGAUUCUGAAACGCCGCUCCAGGUUUGCUGUCAAUCAUGAUCCGAGUCAUUACCGGCCACCCGCCCCGCCCCCGCCCUCCUUCCCUUCCUGUCACCUACAGGCCCCUUCAGCCACCUCGGCCCGCCGCCUCCCCAGGUGUCCAGACUGACUUGAUUUCAUGGAGUAUUGUGGGUAACUUCACCUGCCCGCUCAGGAUCCAGGUGAAACGUUUCUUUUGACUCCACCACCUUCCGCCAGUGCUGUCCUCCCCAGAGGCGGAGACCUCGGGGGUGGGGAUCGUCCACUCUCAGAUCGCUGGCCCUGGCACGGGGACAUCCUCGCCAUCGAGCCUGCCUGCCACCCGCUCCGGAGGACUGGAGAGCCCCUCCCACCGCAGGGACGCUGGUGUCCCAAUGCCGUCCCUUUGGCAACCCCAGAAACGGAUCCUGUCAGAUGCGGAUUUGUGCAAACCCGUUCCCCCUCCUCGUGACCCGUGGCGGGCCUGUGCCCCAGGCCGGCGCUCUGAGCACUGGGUGCUCCUUGCAGACCGUCUCACCCUGGCCCAGGCCCGCCCGUCAGCCGUUUCCCACUGGACCGGCUCCAAGAGCUGCGAGCCCCCACCUCGGACAAGCCUGGGGCACUUCGGAGUUGCUUGAGGAUGGGACCGGGAAGGCCACCCGGGAGGCCUGAUGCGGGGUCGGACCUGCUCAGCCCCGUCCCCCGGGAGACACGGGGGACGCAGCAUCCUGCAGCCCCUUCAGGGUUCCCAUUCUUAGAGCCCCGCCCCCAGAAGAGCCCCGUGUGUCCCGCUGCCAUCGGAGCAGCCAGUCCACUCAGAAGGACAAGUGACAUCUUCCCAGCCCCACACCAGAAACUGGGGGCUUGGCGCCAGAGAGGGUGACACUGGUAGGUGACUCGGAGGUGUGAAGUUGGCUUGUGGAGCACUGCAAGGAACACAAGGUUUCCUGGGGCUUCUGCCUGCCUGGGCCUAGGUGCCAGGGACCUCACUGCACUGCGGGACUGGGGGAGCCCCUCCCUGGAAGGGCGAAGGGACCACAGCCCGGCUCCAGGAAGGACAGAGGUGGCUCUGAGCGAGGCCCGCAGGAGCGCCUGGAACCACGUGCCCCAUGGAGAAGAGUUGGGACGUCGGGAAGGAAUCACGAAGGAAUCGUAUUUGGACUGGAUUUCCCCACCUGCAAUCAAGAGUGAAAUUGUGGAUCUGCUCUCCGCGGCCCCGCCUCGGCUCGGAAGGCCGCAUCCCCCAGCGGCCUCGCUGCCUCCGGCCCCCAUCACGCUGCCGUGCGGUGUCCCGGGCGCCACGUGUCCUGCCAGUUACGCGACUACCAGGUAUCUGGCUUGUCUAACAUGGAGUUUCGCGUAUGUUCUGUAUCUUGUUUACAUUCUGAGAGGUAGCAUUCUGGCUCUUUCUGUUUCCCUAACAGUGUUGUGGGUCGGUCGAGACAUUUGAGCUGUGGUUUGGUGGAUUUUAGGUUUUUUAAAGGUCAUUCUUUGUGCUCUCUUCAAAACCUUGGGUCGGGCCCUCUAAUUCUUUUUGGCUCUGAUUUGGAUGUUCAAAAGCUAUUUAUCUUGAUUUAUACAAGUUUUCUUUCUCUCGUUUUGUAAUGAUAAAGAUGUUCCGUUUGGCUUGCAGUCUGAAAGUGAACUGAUCCCCACGUUUAUGGCUCCUUCUUUCUCCCCAAAUCCUGCCAGGUCCUUCCUGGUCAUCCCAGAAUCCUUUGGGCUCUCCCAGGAACAGAAGUGUAAGAAUAAGGACGCAGCUGGGGGCCGAGGCCUAGGUGGGGACGAGGGCAGGUUCUGCUCCUGGACCCUCAUUUUGCCACUAACAGGGAGCAUCCGGUCCUAACUUCUUGUGUCUACAUCCCUCUGUCCUUCUGCAGUCUACAGCUGGGAAACUCCUGUCCCCCAGCCCCCCGCACACCCCUGGCUGGUGGCACAGUCCGACUUCUGGAUACUAAACCGCUGGUCUCUGCAUCCCCACGCGAGCUCCUUCCCUGUGCCCUGUGGCGGGGUUCCGGGGCAGCGCUGUCCUCAUCUAGCUCAGGGUUACUGGUCUGUGGCCGGCACCGUGAGUGGCACCUGCCUCCCCACCACGGGCAGCUCUUCCUCUUCUCCCCGGCUUCACCUUCCCCUCCCUGUGCUUAAGGCCCUCUCAACUGGCCAGGGCCGCCCGAGAGGGGGGGCCAAAGACCCAGGCCUUUCUCAGUAGCCAGUCCCACCCCAAUGUCUUCUGAGCGGCUCCGGUUGGAGCAAGAUAGAUGUCAGCAGCCCCAGCAUUUGAGCUGCUUGAAUGUGGGUGCCAGAGGGACCCUCAGAGCUCAGGCCCCCGACCUGGGGCUCCUCUAAGUCUUGAGACCAUCUCUCUUCAUGGCAGCAGUGUAGGGAGGGGAUCCCCAAAGAGAAACACGUCCGGAUAGCACCCCCAGCCCACCCGCCACCCACACGAGGACGGGGCCCGGCUCCCGUAGAUGCACCACACAGCAAGUGUGUCCCCAGGGGGUGGAGACAGCCACUCGGGCGUCUCCACAGGGUGCACGGAGACGGGAGGGAGGCUGGGGAGGACUCUCCUAAAAGCAGAUCUGUCCUGACGUGCCACAGCCUUCAGGGAGCCUGAGCCGCUCAGACCCCUCACACAGGGUCGGUCGGAUCACCUGGGGCACACGAAGCCACCACUCACCACACGUGUGGCCUCUGUUUCUCCCCAAGUUCCAUUUUUACAUAGGAAUUUUCAGCCCCUGUGCUUGUCUAAUGUCUGCUCUCAACACUUGGAGACCCCGUUCCUGUUCUAAACUGCAUGCGUGUUAAGAUGCCUCUCCAACCCGAGGGAAAUAAACCGUAGGAAGCUUUGUGUACA